AUGAAGCAGAAGUUCGAGAUGAGUUCCAUGGGUGAGAUGAAGUUUUUCCUCGGCCUGCAGGUCGAUCAACUUCCAGAGGGGAUCUUCAUACAUCAGACAAAGUACGUUCAUGAUGUCCUAGAGAAAUUCAGUAUGUCAGGGACCGCUCCUAUGUCCACCCCAUUGGCGACCAACCACAGUAUUAAUCCUGAUCUCACGGGAGAGAAGGUCGACGAAACAUUAUACCGCUUGAUGAUUGGUUCGCUUAUGUAUCUCACUGCAUCUCGACCCGAUAUAAUGUACCCCACCUGCCUCACGGCCCGUUAUCAGUCAAGUCCAAGAGCCUCACAUAUGGUCAUUGUCAAGGAGAUUCUACCCCACCUGAAAGGAACUCCAAGCUUGGGGUUGUGGUAUCCAAAAGAUGGGAUGAAGCUUUUAUCGUCAGGGGGAGAUGUUAUUGGCGUUGAUGAGGAAUCCAAAGCAGAGGACGUUGGGAAGCAAUCUACUCUGCUUAAACCUGAUGGAGAGUGUGAAACACGGGUGCUAAACAAACGGAAGGGUUCGGAUGCGUUUCAGGUUGAAUUGGUGAUUGGAACUCAAGAAGUAUCAAAGACUGCAGUUCAUGGACCUUUCAAUCAUUAUUGGAAAGUGAAAUGCGGUUUGGAUGGCCAAGAAUUAUGA